AUGCGCUUCUCGUUAUCACUCUUGCCGUUCAUACAUACCAUUUCUCUCCUUUCCCUCUUCUCCGGCGCCUCCGCGGUCAAACUCAUCGAGUCAAACUCCCUCAACUCUUGCCAGGACAAUUCCAGUUUCACGGCCAGUCUUUUCAAUGUUGUCUUCACGCCAGUCAACAAAACACUCACAUUCGAUAUUGUUGGUAUUGCGUCAAUUCAGGGCAAUGUUAACUUUGCAGUUGAGGUGUGGGCGUACGGGUACAGCGUUAUAACGGAGAAUCUCGAUCCUUGUUCUUUGGCGGAGAUGAAGGGAUUGUGUCCCAUGUCCACUGGCCAGAUCGAUAUUUCAUCGAACCUCCCACUGGGCGAUAAUGCCGUCAACCAAAUCCCCGGAAUUGCUUACGGUGUACCGGAUCUGGACGCCACUGCCAGAAUCCUCAUCACCGCCGUUGAUAAUCCCGGUGUGAAUCUGGCCUGCGUGGAAGCGAGGCUAUCUAACGGACAAACCGUUGAUCAGAAAGGAGUUUCAUGGACUACUGCAGUUAUCGCAGGUUUAGCGCUCGUGGCUUCUGCUGUCACCUCUGGACUCGGACAUUCAAAUACAGCUGCCCAUGUCGCUUCCAACGCACUGUCUCUCUUUGGAUACUUCCAAGCACAGGCUAUUGUUGGUUUGACCGCGGUCCCCCUUCCACCGAUUGUUCAAUCCUGGACUCAGAACUUUCAAUGGACGAUGGGUAUCAUACAUAUGGAUUUCAUGCAGACCAUCGCCACCUGGUACCAAAAAUCUACUGGGGGAACUCCUGCCACCCUGUUCAAUAAACUCACUACAACAUCCGUCCAGGUUCUCAAGAGAUCCGCGCCACUCGUCUCCAAGCGCUCUGUCCAUGAGACAAUCAAUCUCCUCUCCGAAGCGCACGCCUUGAGUAAGCGUGCUACACCGACUGCUUCUGGAACAUACGUCGUUAGAGGCAUAAAGAGGGUCGCAUUUCGCGCCGGUAUGGAGGCAACGAAUUUCUUCAUGACCGGACUUGCCUUCUUCUGCAUCCUCAUCUGCUUCACCAUUAUCUUUGUGUCCAUGUUCAAGGGUUUCUGCGAACUUGCGGUCCGAAUGCAAUGGAUGAAAGGCGACAAAUUCGAGGAUUUCCGCAACGGGUGGUUUACGGUCCUGAAGGGCAUCAUGUAUCGCAUGGUUCUCAUUGGGUACCCACAGAUGACUAUUCUUUGCUUGUGGGAGUUCACUCAGAAAGACUCCCCUGCUAUACUUGUCCUUGCUAUUUUCUUCUUUUUCGGUAUGACAGGAACACUUGCCUGGGCAGCUCUCAAAGUCGUCCGUAUCGCACAGCGCUCGGUCCAAAUGCACAAGAACGCCGCCUACAUACUAUACUCCGAUCCAUCAGCACUCAACAAGUGGGGAUUCCUCUACGUCCAGUUCAGAGCUACCGCCUACUACUUUAUCCUCCCGACUGUGGCACAUAUUCUCGUGAAAGGCAUGUUUAUUGCUUUUGGCCAGAAUUCUGGAACCACACAAGCCAUUGCGUUGAUCAUGAUCGAGGCGAGUCUCCUGAUCGGAGCCAGUGUUAUUCGACCAUGGAUGGACAAGAGCACCAACACCUUUAACAUUGCCAUCUGCUCAGUCAACUUCGUGAACGCUAUCUUCUUGCUCAUUUUCACCGAUGUCUUCAACCAGCCGGGUCUCGUAACGGGUAUUGUGGGCGUUAUCUUCUUCAUCGUCAACGCCGUCCUCUCCUUGGUUCUUCUGGUCUUGGUACUAAUAGCGACGAUCUAUGCCUUCGUUCGGAAAAACCCAGAUGCCCGCUACCAACCAAUGGGCGACGACCGAGCUUCGUUCAUCAAGUCCCAAACAACGCUGACAACGGAGCUGGACGCAUUAGGUGCAACCGCCAGAGGGGAACUGAAGGGUGGCUACAAGCACAACUUGGACUUGGAUGAUGAUAAUGAGUCUUGGUCAACAGACUCUAUGAGAAACGCGAAAAACCAGCCUCUUCCUCCUUCAACAGCCAACUCCGGAGCCGGAACUUACGUCUCCAGAGAGCCGCCUCACUCUCCUAUUGACCCAUCAGUUCCUUUAUUCCCUGCCGGCCGUGAUUCUCCGACAAACUAUCAGAACCAAAACUCGGGCUACGCAAACAGCCCUGACGGUCUUCACGCGAACAAUAUUCCAUUGAUGGGUGGCAGACCGAACACUGCAUCGUCUGAUCAUUACCGCGACGAUUCAAACUCAAACUUAUCUGCCGCAUAUCGGUCACAACAUAGUGCGAGCCCUGCGGGAUAUAGAAACUAUAAUAACUCCAGCCCCUGGCAACGUGGUGCUGGUUACGACCAUUGA